UGCACCUCCAAAGUUGUUACUAGCUCCCAUAUUUAUUUGUGACGCAUACAGACUGGCGAAAAAACAUAUCAUACUGCAACUCAAAACCAUGACAUUUCUUUAUAUGCUUCUGCUGCUGUCCGCAUUGCCACUGAUCAAAACGGCAUCAAUAUCUCCAAGAAAACAAGCAGAGUCGCUCGUCAAAUGGAAGGGCGGCUUUUCUUCUUUAUUAUCAUCAUCGCCACCUUCGCUACUCAAUUCAUGGUCCCUCACCAACCUCAACAGCCUCUGCAACUGGACUGCCAUUUCCUGCUCCAAAACCAGAACAGUCUCCAAAAUAGACCUCUCCAAUAUGCAAAUUUUCGGAACACUGUCCCUUUUCGACUUUUCCUCAUUUCCAAAUCUCACCCACUUCAAUCUAAAUGGCAACUAUUUCCAUGGGCCUAUACCAUCUGAGAUUGACCAGGUAACAGAGCUUCACUAUCUAAAUCUCCGCAACAACCGUCUCUCUGGUACCAUCCCCUAUCAACUGAGCAAUCUCCAAAAGGUACGGUACAUGGACCUUGGAUUAAACUAUUUUAUCUAUGCUGAUCAAGAUUGGUCAGAAUUUGCAGGCAUACCUUCAUUGACCUACCUUGCUAUGUCUAUGCAACCUGAUAGUCUAUAUCAUUCAGAAUUCCCAGAAUUUAUAUCUCAAUGCCGGAACUUAACGUUCCUCGACUUGUCUCAAAUUAAUUUGAAUGGCCAAAUUCCACCUUCGAUAGGCCAACUCAGGGAGCUCCAGUACCUUGAUCUUUCAUACAACUCCUUAAACUCUUCUAUCCCUUCUGAGCUCGGUCUUUGUACAAACCUCACCCACUUGUUCCUGGCUUCCAAUCAACUCAACGGGGAACUGCCUCUGUCCUUGUCCAAUCUGAACAACCUCGUCAAAUUGGGUUUAGCUAAUAACCAUAUCUCUGGCACGAUUCCGGACAAUAUAGGCUUGAUUUCUGGUCUUCAAAGUAUUGACCUGAGAAUGAAUCAUCUAGAAGGGAAAAUUCCAUCCUCUAUAGGCCAAAUCAGGGAGCUCCAGUACCUUGAUCUUUCAUACAACUCCUUAAACUCUUCAAUCCCUCUCUCUAUAGGCCAACUCGGGGAGCUCCAGUACCUUGAUCUUUCACACAACUCCUUAAACUCUUCUAUCCCUUCUGAGCUUGGUCUUUGUACAAACCUCACCCACUUGUUCUUGGCUUUCAAUGAACUCAACGGGGAACUGCCUCUGUCCUUGUCCAAUCUGAACAACCUCGUCGAAUUGGGUUUAGCUAAUAACCAUAUCCCUGGCAUGAUUCCGGACAAUAUAGGUUUGAUUUCUGGUCUUCAAAGUAUUGACCUGAGAAGGAAUAAUCUGGAAGGGAAAAUUCCAUCCUCUGUAGGCCAAAUCAGGGAGCUCCAGUACCUUGAUCUUUCAUACAACUCCUUAAACUCAUCAAUCCCUCUCUCUAUAGGCCAACUCGGGGAGCUCCAGUACCUUGAUCUUUCACACAACUCCUUAAACUCUUCUAUCCCUUUUGAGCUUGGUCUUUGUACAAACCUCACCCACUUGUUCCUGGCUUCCAAUCAACUCAACGGGGAACUGCCUCUGUCCUUGUCCAAUCUGAACAACCUCGUCAAAUUGGGUUUAGCUAAUAACCAUAUCUCUGGCACGAUUCCGGACAAUAUAGGUUUGAUUUCUGGUCUUCAAAGUAUUGACCUGAGAAAGAAUAAUCUGCAAGGGAAAAUUCCAUCCUCUGUAGGCCAAAUCAGGGAGCUCCAGUACCUUAAUCUUUCAUACAACUCCUUAAACUCAUCAAUCCCUUCUGAACUUGGCCUUCAUACAAACCUCACCCACUUGUCCUUGUCUUCCAAUAAACUCAGUGGGGAACUGCCUCUGUCCUUGUCCAAUCUAAGCAACCUCGUUGAAUUGGGUUUAGAUAAUAAUCUAUUUACUGGUCAAAUCCUUCCUUCUCUGGUCUCCAAUUGGAUUAAUAUGGAAUCUUUGCAACUUCAGUCCAAUGAACUCAGUGGGGAGAUUCCGACGGAAGUUGAAAAUAUGAACUUUCUGUUGACGCUCAAUCUAAGAAGGAACCACUUGACAGGAGCGAUCCCUCAGAUUCUAGGCAAUUUAGAUCUGCUUAAGCUGCUCGAUUUAUCACACAACCAUCUUUCGGGGCAAAUCCCAUCAUUUGUCAACAAGUUUUUUCUUCGUGAUGUUAAUUUUUCUUACAACAACUUGACUGGCCGAAUCCCAUGCGUUUUCCAAUGGGCACCAGAAAAUGCUUUGGUUGGAAACUCUGGGUUGCAUGGGUAUGUAGACUCGUGUGUAGACAGUAUACCCCCUCGGACCAACGUACCCCCUCGGCACAACAGAAAUUUCAAAAAGGAUAACAAAAGAGUUCUAAUUGGUAUCCUUGUGCCUGUUUGUGGUUUAUUAAUGGUUACAACUGUCAUUGGUCUUAUGUUCCGUAAAAAAUCCAGUCUCGUUUUGAACAAAGUCAACACUUCUGAAAACUUUGCGAGUUUGGAAUCAAUGAUAUUGCAAGAGGAAGUAAAGUUUACGUUUGCGGAAGUUGUGAAGGCUGUAGAUGACUUUCAUGAGAAGUACUGCAUUGGGGCAGGAGGGUUUGGAAGGGUUUACAAGGCAGAGUUGCAAUCAGGCCAAGUUGUUGCAGUUAAAAGGCUUAACAUGUCAGACUCUAAUGAUAUUCCAGCAAUCAAUCUCCAUAGCUUUCAGAAUGAAAUCCGAACUUUGACAAGCAUCCGGCACCGGAACAUCAUAAGGCUAUAUGGCUUCUGUUCAAGGAGGGGUUGCAUAUUCUUGCUUUAUGAAUACUUAGAAAGAGGAAGCCUGGGAAAAGCUUUGUAUGGAGUUGAAGGUGUUAAUGAACUCGUUUGGGCAACUAGAGUCAAAAUUGUGCAAGGACUUGCUCAUGCACUUUCUUACUUGCACCAUGAUUGCUCUCCACCAAUUGUGCACCGUGACAUAACCGUCAACAAUGUAUUGCUUGAGUCUGAUUUCGAGGUUCGUCUCUCAGAUUUCGGAAUAGCCAGGUUAUUGAGUACUGAUUCAUCCAACUGGACAGAUAUCGCUGGUUCAUUUGGCUACAUAGCACCAGAGCUUGCAUACACUAUGCGAGUCACGGAUAAAUGUGAUGUAUAUAGCUUUGGAGUGGUGGCGCUCGAAGUCAUGAUGGGAAAGCACCCAGGAGAUAUGCUAGAGUCCCAGCUACAAGAAUCAUCAAAAUCAAGGAGGGACAAUGUAGAAUUGCUCCUGAAAGAUUUGUUAGACCAAAGGUUGGAACCGCCAACCAAUGAAUCUGCAAAGGCAGUGGUGCUUGUAGUGAUAAUGGCCUUGGCCUGUAUACGAACGCGUCCUGCGUCCAGACCCACGAUGUUAUUUGUGGCACAAAAACUCUCAGCUCAAACCUUGCCUUGUCUUCCAGAACCAUUUGGUAUGUUGACAAUCAACAAGCUAAUGGCACUAUAAAAAAAAAUAAAAUAAAAUAAAAUAAAAAAGAAUACAAGGGCGAAUAGUUCAAACUUCCCUUUUGUAUUCCUGCCACAUGCAGUUCCAUCUAAUUUCUCGUGUAAUACAUCUUCAGUACUGUAAUUACUCAUCUGUAUUAUUUGUCGAAUGUGGAUUAAUGUGUGAUGAAUUUUCUUAA